AUGAAGAAGGAAAGUGCGGAUGAGCUAUUGGUACUUGUGGAUAAAUUUGAGCAGCACAUUUCAGUUUUGAGACGCUUGGGUGAAACUACGGAUGCUUGGAGUUCGCUAUUAAUCUACCAAUUGUCUAUUCGUUUGGAUUCACGCACGCUGCGGGAAUGGGAAAGCUAUUGCGCUCGUCUCGAUUCAGAUAAUGUUGCUGCCAUACUCGGAGGAACUGCUGAUCCACUGUUCGAUGAUUGCGAUGAUGAGAUACCUCAGUACGUUUCGAUGGUGAAUUUUUUGCAGAACUAUGCUAGAGUUCUUCAGUCUGUUGGACCCAUCACCGUCACUGGUCGAGAUCGUGACAUGAAGUUGAGACAACCAGUGAAGUUCGGUGCUCAUAUUAGUUAUUCAUCAGGUAAACAAAAUCACCAGAGCACACGAAAAUGCGAAAAAUGUAACCAGGAUCAUCUUCUCUAUCAGUGUCCGGAAUUUCAAAAGAUGCCAGAUCAACAGAGAUUGGAGUUUGUAAGGUCCAAGAAACUUUGCCUCAAUUGUCUUCGUAAUGUCGAUCACUUUGCUAAAACUUGCCCGUGGAAAACUUGCAACCGAUGUCCUCGGAAACACCACACCCUUCUCCACGGAGCACAAUUUACACAGCAGACCCACUCUGCUACCCAGCAAAAUGAACCAGCACCACUCGUCGCUCAUCAAUCUACUGUAAUAAACGCGUCGCAACGCUUACCUGCUGCUUUACAACAACCAUUGUCAGCUCAAUCGCAAUUAUUUCAACCGCCAAUAACAAUGAAAACCUCUCUCUCUACACAAACAGUCGGGGUCCCAGAACAUUUUCAAUACGCCACGGUGGCUUGUGACAAGAAUGAUCAAUCGAACACAAUAAUUCUUCCCACCGCUUUAGUACAGAUCGAAGACUUUCAUGGACGCAAGGUUGUCGCCCGAUGCUUGUUGGAUUCGGGAUCACAGAGUCACUUUAUAACUACCUCGCUUUGUAAAAAAUUAAAUCUGCCUUGCUCAAGAAUAUCAUCCCCUAUUCUGGUUUGUGGUAUCGGUCAAACCUCCACGAAACCUACACACUACACUACCGCAAAGAUAUCAUCCAGAGUAUCUCCAUAUAUUGUGGAACCACGUUUAUUGAUCUUGCCGCACUUAGCCAUUACCCUUCCGGCAUCUACAAUAAAUAUUCGAGACUGGAAUGUUCCUGAACAAGUACAGUUGGCUGAUCCCACAUUCCACGUGUCACAUCAAAUUGAUCUCAUUCUAGGAGCUGAAUAUUUCUUCAAUACAUUGCGGUAUGGACGCAUUCAAUUAGGUGAGUACCUUCCGGUACUACAAAAUUCUGCACUCGGGUGGAUUGUCUCCGGAGCUUGUGUUAUUCAAGAUCACGAUCACACCGAUCCACGGUCCUGUUUUUCAAGCAACACCAUACGUCUAGAAGAACUAGUACAAAGGUUUUGGGAGCUAGAAACGGUUAGAGACUCAAAGUGUUGGUCCACGAUCGAUCGGAUUUGUGAAGAACAUUUUACGGUUAAUACUUCACGUACCACAGAAGGGCGUUAUGUGGUAAAAUUGCCAAAACGUGAAGAGUUGAUUCCACUGUUAGACGAUAAUAAAUAUCAGGCAACAAGACGAUUUCUCUCUUUGGAACGAUCUUUGCAACAAGAUCCUCAAAAAAAGGCAAUGUAUAAGAACUUCAUCGAUCAAUACAUUUCUCUAGGUCAUAUGCGCGAGGUCACUAUAGAAGAGCUUAACGAUCGGCCGCAGUUUAUCCUCCCGCAUCACGGAGUGUUGAAGCUUGAUAGCAAUACCACAAAACUCAGAACAGUAUUUGAUGCGUCGUGUAAAUCCCGCGCUGGAUUGUCACUGAACGAUAUCUUGUUACCAGGACCUACAAUUCAGGAUACGCUUGUUUCACACGUACUACGGUUUCGGACCUAUAAAUUUGUUGUAUCUGCAGAUAUCGAGAAGAUGUUCAGGCAAGUGUUAGUGCACCCAUCUGAUCAACCGUUACAACGCAUUUUUUGGCGAGACGAUCCUCAACAACAUUUGAAAAUGUACCAGUUACAAACCGUUACGUAUGGACUUAACAAUUCCCCAUUUCUAGCCACACGUGUGCUGUUACAAUUGGCCAAGGACGAGGAAUCUAAUUUUCCCCAGGCAGCUCACAUAGCUAAGACAGACUUUUACGUCGAUAAUCUUCUCACCGGCUCGAACGAUAUUUUCGAUCUUCAAAAAAUAUGUCAGCAGAUGAUUGGUUUGCUCAACGCGGGUGGUUUUCCACUUCGACAGUGGUCAUCUAAUAGUCAAUCAGUUUUGGACGUCAUCCCAGAAAACCUUCGUGAAACACGUACGUUAUUAGAAUUGGAUCGAGAUUCAUCUAUCACUGCUCUCGGGUUACGCUGGGAACCAGCCGCAGAUACGCUUUCAUUCAAGUCACCGAAAUGGAAACCAAACCAACCACUAACAAAACGGACAGUGUUAUCGCAGAUGAGCAGUCUCUUUGACCCCCUCGGUCUGGUUGGCCCAACAGUAGUUCGUGCAAAAAUCGUUAUGCAGACAUUGUGGAAACAUCAUUUAGAUUGGGACACACCGUUACCAGCUAAGUACCAAGAGGAAUGGAGUAAAUACCAACAAGAGAUACCAUUCAUGGAUUUUGUGACGCCUCUGAACAGGCAUACGGUGCGUGUAUUUACAUGA